ACAGAUGAAGGAUUUUGAUUUUGCAAAUUAUAUAAUUUUGCCAUUUUUAAGAGGUAUCUGGUAUAUACGUAUAUAAGCAUUGCAGAUUAUAAUAUUAUGUAAACGAGUGUACAGUAGGUGUGAGUUGUUUGACGGGUAAUUUUAUUGAUUUAGUUACCGUAGUAAUUAAUCAUUCAUUCCUGAAAUUAAUUUAAGUGAACGUAAAUUAUUAGGUACGCCAAAUAAAAAUAUUUUGCAUCUGUUUAUUGCAAUGUAUGAAGUUGUUGCCGAGUGUCUGUUUUGCUCCAAAUUAAUUACUAGUACUUCCAAUGACUUGAUUGAGUAUGGUACAUUUAUUGAUCACAUACAUUCUCAACACAGAAAUAUCAAGAUAUCCAACGCAGAUUCAACAAUGUUCAAAUCUAUUUGGAAUUAUAUAGACUCGGUGGAAGGAACCAAUUUCGUAUGCUUAAAUUGUGGCUAUAAAGGUAGACCAAAAGUAAAGUCGAGCAGAAAUAUUUCAGCUGACAAUUUGGGCGAGCUUGGCACAUGUUUUCCGCUAUGUUUUAUGGUGUAUAUGAAGCAUCUGAAACGUCACCAUGUCAAGGUCAUAUGCACAUGUUGUAACAACGUCAUUAGAAAAAUUAAUGAAAAAUAAACAUGUUGUAUUUAUUAAAUAAGAAUCAUUCAUUUUGUAUGUAUAGGCCUGCCACUUUGGUUAAACGAUAUAAUAUUUCAUAACCGUAAAUUAUGUUUACCUAUCAGUUUUAAUAUCCGUGUUAAUUAUGGUUAGAACCAAAAAUGAACUGCUUAUGCAUGAAUAAGAUAAAUAACUAAUACUGGUGUUGAUAUAAGAUUAGUUAUGCCAUGAAAAUAAUAUUGGUUAUAGAUACAUACUAGGUUUCCAUUAAUUUUAUAUAAAUAAUAGGUAGUGUUAUCGAUUGUAAAUUGUUUCCUUAAUAAAUGCAUUUCAAACUAUAUUUGUUUGAAAAUUAGUAUAAUAUAUAUAAUUAUAUAAAACUACUGAAUGUUAAAUGUAUAUAA